GCGAGACAGUGACAGUGACAGGUGACAGUGAUAGUCUCCAAGUCUCCAAGUUUGACUCGUGGAUUCGUUGGGAUCGGGGAUCGGGACGUCGGGGUUUCCAGUUUUCGUUACUCUCUAUUUCCGAUUUAUCUCUUUUGGCUUAAUACUUUUCGUGGAAUAGAAUUAUAUAUACGAGUCAUAUAUAUUAUUAUUGCGCGCAUGUUGUCCAACUAGAUCUCUGGUCUGGUUUUCCGGAUGCGGUGUGUCGCUCGCGUCGAGUGUGUCGACGUAGUCGUAUCGAGACUGAGACACGAACGCACGCGACGCAUACUCGCCACCGCCACCGGUGCUUACGGAGUACGGGAUACGAUUCAACUGGGCUGAAGCGGAUGAACGACUGAAUCACAUCAUCACGGUGGCCAGCUCGGCUACAGUUCGCGAUAAUCGAUUCGCGCGACGGCCGCUCGUAGACUCGUCUCUUAUUAAAAAUGUCGCCGAUACGUGCAAAACAAUACGGAUAGUCGGCGCUUGCCGGUAAAAGGUGCGAGGUGCAAGGCACAAGUUUGCCGGCCGCACGUCACGACCUGUCCUGUAAAUGCACGACGCGAUACCAUAGUCACUGAAAAGGGAGCUAUCGUUCCGGAGCUAUAUUAUUCCGUCCUCCAAGAGUGUCGAAUCGCGAGUGUUCGAGCAAGAAUUCAAUAUUCAAGGCUAUCGUCGUAUCGCCAUCGAGAAGAGUGAAAAAGAGAGAGAGAGAAGACAUCUUUCGAGCUUCUUCGAUGGAGAGCACCGGCAACGAUAAGCAAAACGAGUCGGAUGAAUGUGACGUGAACGGGGAUAAUAAGAAGCGGGACGACGACGGAAACGACGACGACGAGGACGACGAGGACGACGACGACGACGACGACGACGACGAGGACGACGACGACGACGACGACGACGUCGCCGACGAGGACGACGGCAACGACGAGUCGACUGGGCAGAAAAACAUCAAUGGAAAGAUGAAAGCAGAAGAUAAGAGCGAGUGUUUAGAAAAGAUGAAUUUGAAAAACGAGAUGAAAACGCUGAAGAAAGCUUUGUCGGUGGACGAAGAGGACGAGAAGAGCAAGGAAUCCGCCGAUGAAGAGGAGCGCAAGGAAAAGCGAACGAGUAGUGAGAAGAAGGAGCAAGAGUCGUCUAGCGACAGCACAUCUACCAGCAUCUCUGAUGACGAGUCUGAGACAAGUUCGGAAGACAAGACGGAGCCAUCGAAGCCGGGCACGGCCAAUGCAACGCAAGCGGAAACGAUGAAGGAGGAAUUGAAAGAAAGCGCGUCCAAGAACGAGGACACCACGGAUGAUAGUGACAUCGAAGAUGAUCUGGUCUCGGCGAUCAAUUACAAUACUAUCACCUCCCUGGCGGCCCUCAAAGAUAUGUUACAAUCCUCCGGGGAGGAUUCAGAUGGCGUGGAUAGUUUUUUUCAUCAUUAUUUUCUGUCGCAUGUUAAUCGAUUACCGUCGAGGAAUCAGACGCAUAGUCCGUAUCCCUGGGGUAGAAGAUUAUCGGAAUGCCGAGAAGAGGACGAAUAUGAGACUGAGGAAGGGAAGAAUGCCGAUAGCCCGAGCGUCGACAACAAGAAAGACGUAUCGACGAUUGAAAAAAGCGAAAAGGCCGACAGCAUCUCUUCCAAGACAUCGAAGGCAUCGAGCCCCUCUUCCUCAGAGAAUUCCAGCUCUGAGAAAAUUGACGAAAAGUCUUUUCCGACGUCCAGUAUUUCGGAUGCAAAACCGUCGUCACCGUUAUUAACGACAACAACGACGUCGACGACGACGACGACGACGAUGGUGACGAUGACGACGACGACGACGGCGUCGACGACGACAAUGAUGGUGACGAUGACGACGACGGCGAUGACAAUGACGACGGCGACAACGCCACCACCACCGCUGACAAUGACGACGUCAACAACAGGCACUUUGGUGACGACGACAACGGUUGCGACAUCGACCUCCGGUAGAUUCACGACGUCGACGGUAACAUCGCCAACUUCGACAACAAAGCCUCCUCUUCGGAGAAGACACACUACCGGCCCAGGCAUGACUUUUCCCGCUACGGAUCCUCCUUCGUAUUCCACCAGCAUGACUUUCUCGAGAACCAGCCCGUUGCCUAGCCCACAUCUCGACAAGAGAUUCUUUGAUAGCAGUUUGAUCGAGAUGAAGAGUCAAGCGAGCAGUACCAGCACUCUCGAUUACGAUUCCACGGAGGAAGUGUGGAUACGCAGAGUGGAUUUUGUGCAAGAAAGAAAACGGCGAGAACUUGGUUCACAACCACUUCCAACAAUUGUGACGGAGGAUGCGGAUAAUUCCGGCCAUGCAUCUCAAGGUCAUAGGCCACGAGCAGAUACAUGGGGCUCGCACUCGAAGCCGAUUAAAAAGUCGAGUUAUGGAAGCGCACCCAGUUCUGGAAAAUCGACACCUCUUCCGCAGCCGACCGAAGCGUCAAGCUCAUCCAGUUCCGGCAAGGGUGGUCGAAAGACUUCUGGUACGCGAUCCGGUUCCACCAGUCGCAGUAAUAGUCGUAGUAAUAGCACAGAACGUAGAAGAAGCAGCGGUACUACUGAUGACACCGCCAGCCCUACGAGAAAGCCGGCACUCUUUGAUGCUUUUAGGCCGAGGAGCAAAUCGGACGCCAGCAAGAGGAAACCCAGUAUUAUAGCUAAUAUGAAAAGUGCCGUUCAGCAUUCCUUGCAUAGAGGAUCGCACGGGAGCUCGUCGGUGGAUGUACAUACAGAAAAAGAAUAUAAUCGAGACAACCAGAAAGAACAAAAAGAGAAUAAGGAACAAGGAAGUGGAAGGCCUAGAGCUGGAUCUGAAAGUAGCAGAAAUCCUGUGAGCAAAGUUAUGGAUCUUAUCAGGCACAGAAGUCAUAGUGCCUUGAGUGCAGAGGAUAAGCGAAAAGCUAGAGCGGCAGUACAACAUCAGACACAAAUAGCAUCACAAAGUGCGCUCAGAAGAAGUUCAUUGGAUCCAUCUGCACGAAGAUUGUCUCUUGGAGCACCUGCGAUUCCUCAUAGAGCAUCCGAUGCUUGCCUGGAUCCGGUUCACGCUGCCAUACUCUUCAGAGACGCUCGAGGGUUGCCAGUGGUGGAUCCCUUCCUGGAGAAAGUCUCACUGUCCGAUCUUGAGGAGGACGAGUCGCAGAUUUUUGUUAAAUUCUUCAAGUUUCACAAAUGUUACGACCUAAUACCGACCAGCGCCAAACUAGUCGUCUUCGACACUCAUCUACUCGUUAAAAAGGCCUUUUUCGCUCUCGUCUAUAAUGGGGUGAGAGCCGCGCCGUUAUGGGACAGUUCUCGACAACAAUUUAUCGGCAUGUUAACUAUAACGGAUUUCAUAAAAAUACUCCAGAUGUAUUACACCAGCCCGUCGGUGACAAUGGACGAGUUAGAAGAACAUGAAUUGGAUACAUGGAGAAAAGUUCUAAAGGAUCAAGUUCAUCCUCUUGUAAGCAUCGGUCCAGAUGCAUCGUUGUACGAAGCUAUCAGGACUUUGAUACAAAACAGAAUCCAUCGAUUGCCUGUGAUAGACCCCGAUACCGGAAAUGUUCUUUACAUCUUGACACAUAAACGAAUACUUAGAUUCCUUUUCCUAUAUAUCCAUGAGUUACCAAAACCAUCUUUCACCAAUAAAACAUUGAGGGAGUUGAGGAUAGGCACCUUCGAAAAUAUAGAAACAGCUACGGAAGAAACUAGCAUAAUUUUAGCUUUGAAAAAAUUUGUGGAAAGGAGAGUUUCGGCAUUACCAAUUGUCGAUUCUGAGGGAAAAUUGGUCAACAUUUAUUCAAAAUUUGAUGUUAUUAACUUGGCUGCAGAAAAGACUUAUAAUAAUUUAGACGUUUCACUGCGCGAAGCAAACGAACACCGCAAUGAAUGGUUUGAAGGUGUCCAAAGUUGCAAAUUAGACGAGACAUUGUUCACCAUAAUGGAAAGAAUUGUCAGAGCGGAAGUUCAUAGAUUAGUAGUAAUCGACGAUGAUGACAAAGUCAUUGGUAUAAUAUCUCUCUCUGAUCUGCUCUUCUACCUCGUUCUUAGGCCUUGCGGCGAAGAUGCUAGUAGCAAUAAAGAUUGUUCUAUUUCUUUGCGAGCGCAUGAUUCUCUGCUGUCGAAAGCUCCCAACUCCGCGCAAUUGGAAACAUUGCUUCCCGACGGCGAUGUCGAACAGCAGGAUGCCGCCGAGACGAUAGAUCAUAAUCGGUCCGAAGAAGCACCCGCAACACCUAGUCCUCCGCUCAGUCCAGUUACUUCGGAUCUUUCGGAACCUCAAUCGACAUUGGUGAAUCAAAGUCAAGAUGCAGCGUGGCGGGACGUGAUAAAUAUAUGUGUCUCAGGUGUCUCAGGUGGGGAAUGAGCUGUUGCCCUUUUCACGUGCCACCACGCAUGAUUAAUCUCUUAACUGAAUUGCCGUUGCUUUAAUCGCAGCAGCGACGGACUGUAUUAAGGACUACAAAUUUGUACAUCCUUUGUUGUUAUCGCUCAUGCUCUUUGCGAGUAUACGAGUAAAGUUGAUUAACCACUCGCGCUAGAAAGAAACGGAAAGGGGGAAAGAGGAGGGAUGGUGUAUCUAUGUGAAAGAACAGAUACUCGUUUAAGAAAUUCAAGACGUGGGGCAAUAGAUGCGAUGAAGGAAUUCACCGGGCGCGCAAUGUAUGAUGUAACAAACACGCGAUACUCUGUAUAAUAUAUAAAAUCACUUAAGCUUAAUUUUUUUAUGGUACAAAUGCUAUACAAACAUGCUACACAUUAGACGUUCGAGCUGUUUGCCAAGGAUGAUAGGUAGCUGUGCCGUUAUUUGCUCAGAAUACGAUUCUCUGCGCCCUUUAAUGAUCGAGCACUUAAAAGUACGAUGAAUUCCGAAAUAACAAUUUUUGGAAAAACGAAAAGUCUUGGAGAUAUCCCAGUAUCUCAUCUAAUCUAAUCAUUCUUAUGUUCUUUAUAUUACAAAAUAUGUGUUUAAUUCAUUCUUUGAAAAGUGUAAAAUGAUAUUUUGUAGAUAUUCUUUUCGAUUUUACAUAAUUAGGAUAUGUCAAGAUUAAAAAUAAACAAACUCUGUAGAAGAUAUUCUCUUCAUGAAAGACGAAUUGAUUUGUUAUAUACUGCGAAACUUCAUAUUUUUUUGACCAUAAUAUAUAUCCCCAAUCUAAUUAUAAAUUGAAGUUUCUUCUUUUUUAAUAUUAUUAAUACUUUUUUUUAAAUUUCUUUUGGAAAUGUGCUAGCAAAUAUCUAAUCUUUACUGAUCUUGCAUAAUAAACUGAUCAUUUUUUAACAGCACUGGUGACUUAUUGAGAAAUAUAUAUUCUAUAAUGGAUAAAAUUCUUUAUUCAUCAAUGAUAUAAAUAAUGGCUUAUAAAUAUGGCAUUGAAGUUUUAUUGUCAAUUGUUAAAUUUUCUUCAUAGACAAUGAGUAAAACCCUGCGUUAUUAAUAUAAAUAAUUAUUAUUGCAUUAUUAUCGUAAAGAAAAUGUAAAUUAUGAUUUGAAAAUUUUUUUUUUUUUGGUCGGAAUGUAUAAUUACAAUAUCGUUUUAUAUGAAAAAGUUUCACAAUAGAUUAGAAAAAGGAAUUCUUAUAGUCGAAGACGAAUACUAUCCAGAAAAAUUUUAUCUCAAACUAUGCAAGAACUUUUUUCCGCCCUCAUAAAAUGUAAAUUUUAUGCCAUUUGAUGCCGAUCUUUACUCAUUUUCAUAUUUAUGCUGAUGUAAUAGGGAGAAUUUGCUCGAUUUUGAAGGAGGAUAGUGCCUGUAAAUGUAGUAAAUGUAUAUAUAAAAGAGAGACGCAUGGAAUAUAAAUAUAAAUAUUCUAUUCGAGAGAGUAAGCGCAGUCGCGGAAUUCGACAAGUUAAAUAUUAGUAAUAAUUAACAGGAAGCAUAGUUUGAACAAAGAUUUUUGUACAGCUUAGAAGUACUAUUCUGUGUGCUGUAGUCGCGAGCGUUGUUUUAUUUAUUCAUUUUGUUUUUUUUAGCACAAAAUGCGUUCGUUGCAACAUCUUGCGAGUUGCCAUCUUCUACUUAAAGUUACUAAAAAUUAUGCUAUACCGUAGCGUACACUCCAAUGUUGGCUUUGACACAACUUUUACUUGUUGAAGGCAUGGUAGAAAUAGUCGGAGAAAAUAUUUAGCGCUUCUCUUCAUUCUAUAUAAUAUUAGAGAUGAGUUUAAAGGAAUAAGCAAUUGAACAUCGGUACAUGCUGCAGCAAAGAACCAAAAUAAGAACUAUCAAUGAGAUAUUAAUGAUAAUGAAAUUGUACAAUAAAUAAUCAACAAAUAAUGCUUUUAUGCAUUAUGCAUAAUUAUAAUUAAACUGACAGCAUAUUAUCCCUGUUCCUUGUUCAAUCCUUGUUUCUUGUUUAAAGUUCAAAACGGCGAGACGACAACCUUGCCAAGUGACAAAAUAUAUAUAUACUAUGAAUGUUUUA